AAACGAAUCAAAUCUUUGUGUGUUUGUGCCCUUGCUUCAGAAGCAAGAUUGUGCCUGCCAUGGCGCAUGCAACAUGGGGCGACUGGAUGGGUGCCUGGAAGGCUGAAGCCGGUCAAACCGAUGUGGAACAGGACCGGCUGAGUCGAGCGCAGGCAGCUUUUGGUGGAGAGACCAUGGCGAGAAUGAAGGAUAUCAAUGUCCUCAUUCUAGGCUGUCGGGGAGUUGGAGUUGAAGCAGCAAAGAAUCUCAUCUUGAGUAAUGUGGGUAGCGUGACGAUUUGGGAUCCAGCUCCAGUGCAGCCUGAGGACAGGGGUUGCAACUUCUACCUCAUGGAGACGAGCACAGGCAAGCCUCGGGCACUCGAAUGCCUGGCGCAGCUGAAGUCGCUCAAUCCCUACUGCAAGGUCGAGAGUCUGGAGGCAGAGGAGGCCAACCUACCCAGCUGCUUAGAAGAUGCGAAUGUCCUCAGUACUGGUUUUCAGUCUUUCACCAGUAUGCAGCCGUCCAUGCCAAGGAUAUCCCUCUCGCAACCACAAGCAGCUCUCUUUCUUUGCUUCACGACGUCACGCUUUGUGACCAACCUGCUGAAGAAAAAAACACAUCAUCAGGUGCUUGAGCAUGCCUGCCACCGUGCAAUUUUCAACGAUGCAGAGAGAUGGCUUUGUGCUGUCGACGAGGUGGUAUCACGCUUGGAGCCCUUACCUUCGGGUGAUUGGCCUUUGUUGAUGCACUUGCUGGUUGUUUAUGAGAAUCUAGACCAUCAGGCUCCAGAUUUCUUUGUGAAUGCUGCUUCGAAACUCGAACUCCGAGCAGAGCUAGAGAAGAACCAGAACUCAAGGCUAGCACAGCCUUACUUGAAGAAGCUUUGGCACUUGUGUGAUUUGCUGCGGCUCCGUGGCACCUGGCUGGGCGCAACAACUUCCCAAAUCGAAACGGUUGAGGAGCUUUCGGAGUGUAUUGAUUCGAGCGUGAUGUUGCCUCCAGAAAUACCAGUGGAAACUGUGGGGAGAAUCAAUGAGUCCAACUUCAAUGCGGAGGAGGCAGUCAUACUGGCACAAAAAGCCUUGCGAGCUUUUACUGGCAAAAUGCAGAAGCACGCCUUCAACACUGCGCCAACACAGGCUGGAGUGCUGCCAAUGCCAUCUGCAAGUGAUGUCCUUCAGGCUGCCAGAUCUCUGGAGGCAGAUUUUCCUCUGCUUUGGCUUCGCUUAGCAAUCGAGCAGAUCGCGAACGAAUGCUCUGCAGCAAAUGCACGCAGUGUUCCUGCGGCAGAGGCAGCUCCAAAGACAGGCGACGGCGACAGCAUCUCUGCAGUUGCCAAGAGCAAGCCAAGCAGACGCAAACAAUCAGCUGACCCACAGCCAGUGUCAAGACUGCGUAUGACAAAGGCCAAGAAGAACCUUUUUCUGAAGCCAUGAGCAUUUGGAUUGAAUUGAUCAUAUAUAGUUUAUACUGAGAUAUACAGCGC